AUGGAAUAUAAUAAUAUUUUAAAUACUAAAAUAUUUAAUGUUAAUGUCGGUGCAGCUAAUAAUUUUAUUAAUGAAGUUGUAUUAUCUUUAAAAGCAUGUCUCACAAAAAUAAGCAUAUUCACUUUAUUUAAGAAUAUCGUUGUUUUUGUUUCCCUAAUUUAUACAUGUCAACUUUCUUUUAAUGAUUCUAUUUGUUUAUCUUUGUUGACUAGGAAUAAUAAAUGUGUGGAAUUGAAAUUAAGAGUUUAUAGAAUUUUAGCUGAGGAAAACAAAGGAACAGAUAAUUUUCUGUUAUCAAAAGAAAGCCAGAGUUCCAACAAGUGCCCUCAUAAUUAUUGUGAAAAUGAAAUAAAUACCCUACAAGAAGAAAUAAAGUUAAGAUGCCAAAUGAAAAAGACAGGUGGUGAAGAACAAGAUAUAAGAACGAUUGUAGAAAAAGAUGAAAAUAAUUUCAACAUGUUUCAUAGCUUAAGAAUUGAAAAGAUAAAAGAAUGGGAAAAUGAUGUACGAAUUUAUGUGGAUAAACUUCUAGAAUACAUGGAUAAGUUAGAGGAAUGGAUGAAAAACUUUGAUAAAGAAUGGGUAAUUAGUAUAUAUCAUGAGUGGAUUGAAUGUAUGAGUACAUAUCGUACAAAUUAUAUAGAUUUUUGGGUUAAACACAUGUCUUAUAAGUGGACAAAAAAUAUGGACGACUUCGUUGAAAAUAAGUUAUAUGUGAAAUAUCAAGAUGUUACUAAUGAAGAAGAGAAUGAAGAAGAAAGUGAAGAAGAGAAUGAAGAGGAGAAUGAAGAAGAGAAUGAAGAAGAGAAUGAAGAAGAGAAUGAAGAAGAGAAUGAAGAAGAAAAGAUAUUUAUUGAUGGAAAUGAACAGAAUGUAAAUAAUAUUGGUGCAACUGAAAAAGAAGAAUCUGGAUUUUUGUUUUGGAAUACAAACCAUAAAGAUGAGAAUCCUAUGAAUACUACAGAAAAUGAGGAUAAAUUUAAGAGACUUAAAGGGGUAAAAGAACGUGACUUAAGAGAUACAGAAAAUAUAAUCUACUUUAGAGAGAAAGAAUUACGUGAAUAUAAGGAUCAAAUUGAAUUAAAGAAGAUUAAUUCCAUCCAAAAAAUAGAAUUAGAAGAAGAAAAAUUAUACGGAUAUUGGGAUAGAAGAAAAAAAGACACGUUUAAAGAAUAUGUAGAAUUAGCAGAAGAAGGAUUAUUCAUAUAUUGGAAUGAAAAAAUAAAAAGAAUAUGGAAUGAAAAAAUGAACGAAUGGUUGAAAACUAUAGAUAAAUAUACUGAAGUAAUGGAAAUUUGUAUGAACAAAAUGGAAAAAAAGCAUAUGCAAAGUACAAUAGAUGAAUGGACAAAAGACAUGAAUGAUUCCAUGGGAAUUAUUGGUUAUAGUUGGAUGUUAGAUAUAGAAAAUGGUAUUAGAAUUAUAGAAAAAAAAUGGAUUGACAAGAUGAAAGAGGAGUGGGAUAAAAUAAUAAAAAAAAGUGCCAAUACGGUGGAACUUAUAAAAUUGGAAAAACUUUUUGAUAAAUAUAAUAAGCAUUAUGAAAGGAAAAAAAAGGAAUGGGAAACGAGGGAAGCGAAGGUGAAAAAGGAAUUGGGAAUAAAGGAAAAUAAUUAUUUUCAAAGUCUAAACUUUUCAGAGUUAAUUAAUAAAGGAAAUAAAGAGUGGGAAUCAAUGAAAACUAGGAUAAAAGAGGAAACAGAAAAAUGUAUGUUAGAAAGGAAAGAAAAAAAGGAGCAGAAAGCAAAAAAAGAAGAAAAAAUAAAAAAGAAUAAAGAAAAGAAGCAAAAGAUAAUAGAAGAGGAAAAUGUUGAUAUUUUAAAUAUACAGUUGGAUCAGGAAGAAAGCAAUGAAAAUUCAAUUUUGGAUAAAUGGUUAGAUGGAAAAAUAAUAUGGGAAGAUAUGAAUGAAACAGAGAAAAUAGAAUUGUUUGAAUUCCAUGAUAAAUUAUGGAAAUCUUGGAUCAAUUUAGCUAAUGAUCUUUUGGAGGCAUGGGAAAAAUGGGAAGUUUUUUUGAAUAUGGAAAAUGAAAAAAGCAAGAUUAUUGAAGAAGAUUGGAGUGAUUUGAAAGAAUUAUUAUUAGAAACUACGUCCACUAUAAACACACUGGAUGAAUCAGAUUGGACAAAAAAAUGUGUAGUGGAAUGGAAAUAUUUAAGUGAAACAGAAUGGGUAAUAAAUAAGACUCAAGAGAUAGACAAUAAUAUUAAACUUGUACAUAAAAAGAUAGAAGAUAUAAAGGAAAAUAAACAUCUGAUGAAUUUGCUGAAUAAAUGUGAAGAGGAAACGGGAAAUAGAUUAAAGGAAGAAUUGAAUAAUUUAGAAGAGUGGCUUACUAUUAAAAAUAGAUGGGAGAACUCCUUAAAAAAUGAGAUAAUAGAAUUGAGAGGAAUUAAUAGUUUUGACGAAAUUAUUAAAUCAGAAAAAUGGAAAGAAUUAAUUUUGUGGUUGAAUAAAAAUGAUGAAAAAUGGAAAGAAUGGUUUCAUAAAAAUUUAAAAAAUUUGGACGAAUUGAAAAAGAAAAAUGAAAAAGAGGAAUGGAAUAAUAUUCUAAACAACGAUAUCCAAAAAUUAAUGGUUUAUGUAAGAGAUGAAUCUUUGAAGCACAAAGAAUUGUUUGAAGCAAUUAAGAAGGAUCAGAAAAAAAUAACUGAUGAAAUGCUUGGGGAGUUGAAAAAUAUAUUAAGCGAUGAUAGUAUGUUAGAGGAAUUAGUGAAGAGACAAUUCAAGACAUGGGAAGAAUGGUCUAAAGAAAAUAAAGAUGAAGAAAACUGGGAGGAACUGAAGAAAUAUAUAAUGAAUAAUCCACAAGAAUUAAAACAUUUAGAAGACUCUUUGAAAGAUUAUGAAGAAAAAAAAAAAACAUUAUCAGAAUGUUUUGAAAAAGAUGAAUCUACAAUGGAUGAAAAGAAGAAAUCAGUAGAGAUGAAGGUAGUAGAAUGGAAGGAAUUAAUAAAUAUAAUAAGAAAUGAUCAUAAAAUAUGGGAAGAUAAGAAAAAAGAAUGGGAUGCAUUCGUGUAUAAUAAUAAUAAUAAUAAAUUAAAUGGUAAGCCAAAUUUGAUUAAAGAGGAUAUUGAAUGGAUAAAGGAAAAGAAGAAUAAGUUCAAAGAAUUAUUAAUAAGAGAUAGUCAAGAAAUGUUGAACUUAUCAUUGUGGGUAAAGAAGAAGAGAUGCAAAGAAAGUUUAAUUAACGAGAAAAUUCUAGAAGAUAUUGAAACCUGGAAACAGUGGAAGAAUGCAAAGGAUAAGGAGUUGGCGAAGCAAGAGGAUUAUAAAUCGACGGAAAGCAUGUUAGAACAUUUUGCUAAAUUGCUAUGGCUUAUUGAUCAGAAAAGUUUCAAGAAAAUAGAAGAUGUGACGCAGAAGGAUAUAAAAAUUAUUUAUUACUAUAAAAGACAUACAUCUCCAUUAAAAGGAAUAUUGAAAAUGUUGAUUUCCACAUAUAAUGAAACACUUAGAAGCACGAUCAAUGAUUUUGAAGAAAUAUUCAAAUCUCAAUACUGGAUUACAUGGAAAGAGCUGAAAGAAUUAGAGAAAAGAAAAAGUACAUUAAAGAAAAAAAGGAAAAAAAAAAGAAAAAAAUUAGUAAAAAAAUUCGAAAGCCUCAAAUGGAAAUUAUCGUGA